AUGUCCAUCUCAAAACUUCCCAACGAACUCUUACAGUCCAUCUUUACCUACUACACCCUCUCAUCCUCUCCCUCACACACACUCCUACAUGUCUGUCGCCGCUGGUUCGCCCUCGCGCACGAGACCGUCCUCCUAAAAAGCAGAAUCAUCUAUCUAUCACAGCUUUAUUCCAGAUCACCGCACAUAUACCCAGAAUUCCUGGCCAAAUGCGCCUCGCCAUCGCAGACAGUGGAGGCGAUUGACCGUCUGAGAGGCGGCUGGUUCGAGUUUACGUACAACUCUCUUCGAAUGGAGUCCAGCGAACUCGCCCUCGCACCCUUACCGACCGAAUAUAGUUCAAACCUGGAUCCCUGGCGCGUGUUUUCGCGGCAAUGUACAAAAUUACACCUCCAUCUCCAUUUCGACAAGGUCCGGUGGUUGCACCAUUUCCCGUUUUUCUACGCACUCACCCAUCUCGAAAUCGUCAACGCGUUUAAAGGCGUCAUUACUGCCAUGCUCGCCCGCGUCAAUCUCGACAAGGGUUGUCCACUCGUCUCACUCAAAGUCGUCGGCGAGAAGAGUGCAGAAAUUCUCGAGUUUGCAAGGGUGUUGGGUGGACUGAAGAGACUACAUGUCGAGACGGACAGCAGGAGAUUCUUGGUCCCGUUGGACAAACUCUUGCCAUUGAUGGGCGCGUUGCAAGACUGGACGUGGGUGUCUCCGCCGGUACCAGACGUGAACAUUCGAGAAGCCAUGACUCCGUUGGCUUCUCAGGAUCUGUUGCCCAACCUUGGUACCCUCGAAGCACCAGGACAACUCGUUGCGCAGCUUCCUCCGUCCGUCUUGAAUAGGAUUACGCAUCUGGAGCUACGGGGACAGCCGAUAUGCCAUGGAGGGGGUCAGAUUUCACCCAUCUCACUCCCACAUCUCGUUCACCUGACACUCUCUGGACUCUGGAAGGACAUGUUUUUCGUCGACACCCCACGACUACACGAAUUAGUGCUCAAGGAUGGUAUGAGCGAUCAAUUUUACGACAACACGUACACCGUUACGCCUCUUCGACCGACAGUCCUCCGCAUGCCAAACCUACGAUCCAUAUACAUCCUCCUCUUGUUCAUCGAGCCGACUGGGACCGAUCCGGCUGCACCAUUUGACUGUGUAGAAGAGCUCUACGUCACGUUUACGUCGUCCCGACAUGUCGAAGAGGCCCUUGGCGCGGCGCUUGGAUAUGGAAGAUUGGCGGCGAGACCUGCUCUGCCACGGCUAAAGCACUUGGUCACUAUUCCUCCAGCGAAAAGAGAGGACCUAAGCGAGCGAUGGAGAUCAAAAUGGGUCAAGGCGGCCAAGCAGCGGGCAGAGUUGGGUAUCAAGACUCUGGAGACGAUUCGAUGCGCUUAG